AUGUCAACUAAUAAUAACGAAGAUAUUGAUAAUGAUGAAUUGCAACAGGAUAAUGAGGAACAACAACAACCACAGGUAUCAACAUUCAGUGAACAGCAACGUCAGAUAAGGGAACAGCAGCAGGUAAAAGAUAAACAAAAUCAACUUCUUCAACAACACAUUCAAUUAAUAAAUCAACAAUCUCAACAACAAUUAAAUAAUCAUUCGACACCACCAUCAUCACCCAACAUUACAACACCAAUAACUUCAGCAGCAAUAACCAACACAAUAAAGAAAUCAUUAGGAAAAAUUAACACUGAUGAUACCGACCACCAGUUGUUACACCAUUCAAAGUAUUCUUGGUUAAAUCAAAGAUUUGGGUAUAGUCUAUAUUAA